CCCCGGCGGCGGCGGCGGGGGGAGGCGGUCGCCGUUCGCCGCCCGCCCCGCAUCCCGCCCGCCCCGCAUCCCGCCGCGCCGCCGGCCCCAAAUGGAUUAUCUGCGGCUGGUGCUCUCCUGCCUCGUCCCCCUGCACGGCUGCCUGGCCGCCGGCAGCGCCCCAGAGCUCCUUCUGUCCGGCAAACUCAGCGAGUAUGGUGUGAUCGUCCCCUUCAGCGCCGAUUCCCGGGGCCGCUUCCUCUCGCACGUGGUGUCCGGCGACGCGGCGGUGGGCAUCGGUCAAGCCGCUUGUCCAUCGGCCCCGCGCCCGUCCCGUCGCCGCGUCCCCCGCAGCCCCCUGGAUGAGUCCCCCCGGCUCCGCGGGGCCGGCGGCCGCUUGCUCUACUUCAACGUCACGGUUUUCGGGAAGGAGCUGCACCUCCGGCUGAGGCCCAACCGACGGUUAGUGCCGCCCGGCGCUGUGGCCGAAUGGCAGGAGGAUUUUGAGGUGCUUUUCCAGGAACCCCUCCGACAGCGGUGCCUUUUCACCGGCGACAUCUCCGGCAUGCCCGGCGCCACCGUGGCCAUCAGCAACUGCGACGGACUGGCUGGCCUGAUUCGGACAGACAGCAACGAGUUCUUCAUCGAGCCCCUGGAGAGGGGGCAGCAGGAGACGGAGGAGCACGGGAGGGCCCACGUGGUGUACCGCCGGUCGGCCAUCCGGCAGGACAGCACCGAGCCCCGCCACGACCUCCGCCCCGAAGUGCCCGGCGUGCGGGUGGGCGAUCUCCCCAACUCCCUGGAGCUGAUGACGGAGCGGCUGGGGGACGCGGAGCGCAAGAGGCGCCACGCCAAGAAGGACGACUACAACAUUGAGGUCUUGCUGGCAGUGGAUGACUCCGUCGUACGCUUCCACGGGAAGGAACACGUCCAGAACUACGUCCUCACCCUCAUGAACAUAGUGGAUGAAAUCUAUCAUGACGAGUCCCUGGGCGUUCACAUCAACAUCGUGCUGGUCAGGAUGAUCAUGGUGGGAUACCGCCAGUCAGUCAGCCUGAUAGAGCGAGGGAACCCGUCUCGGAGCUUGGAGCAGGUCUGCCGCUGGGCUCACUCGCAGCAGCGCUCUGACCCGGAGCACGCUGAGUACCACGACCACGCUGUAUUCCUCACCAGGCAAGAUUUUGGUCCCGCAGGUAUGCAAGGCUAUGCACCGGUGACGGGGAUGUGCCACCCGCUGCGCAGCUGCACCCUCAACCACGAAGACGGCUUCUCCUCGGCGUUCGUUGUCGCCCACGAGACCGGCCACGUGUUAGGCAUGGAGCACGACGGCCAGGGCAACCGCUGCGCCGACGAGACCAGCAUGGGGAGCAUCAUGGCCCCGCUGGUCCAGGCCGCCUUCCACCGCUACCACUGGUCCCGCUGCAGCAAGCAGGAGCUCAACCGCUACAUUCACUCCUACGACUGCCUCCUGGAUGACCCCUUCGAGCACCAGUGGCCCACGUUACCCGAACUGCCGGGCAUUAACUACUCCAUGGAUGAGCAGUGCCGCUUCGACUUCGGCGUGGGCUACAAAACGUGCACGGCGUUCCGUACCUUCGACCCCUGCAAGCAGCUGUGGUGCAGCCACCCGGACAACCCCUACUUCUGCAAGACCAAGAAGGGGCCACCCUUGGAUGGGACCGAGUGUUCUCCGGGCAAGUGGUGCUUCAAGGGUCACUGCAUCUGGAAGACGUCGGAGCAGCCGUACAGCCAGGACGGCAGCUGGAGCUCCUGGUCCAAGUUCGGCUCUUGCUCCAGGACCUGCGGGGGAGGCGUUCGCUCUCGCAGCCGGAGCUGCGACAACCCGCCCCCGGCGUACGGCGGGCGCCACUGCCCGGGAGCCACCUACGAGUACCAAGUGUGCAACGCCGAGGAGUGCCCGGGGCCCUACCAGGAUUUCCGUGCCCAGCAGUGCUCCAAGCGCAACUCCUACUACACCCACCAGAACAGCAAGCACGCCUGGCUUCCCUACGAGCAUCACGAUGAUGCUCAGAAGUGUGAGCUGAUCUGCCAGUCCGAGGGAACGGGGGAUGUGGUGUUCAUGAACCAGGUGGUUCACGACGGUACCCGCUGCAGCUACCGAGACCCCUACAGCAUCUGCGUCCGGGGCGAGUGCGUGCACGUCGGCUGUGACAAGGAGGUCGGCUCCCUGAAGCAGGAUGACAAGUGCGGGGUCUGCGGGGGGGACAACUCCCACUGCCGGACGGUGAAGGGCACGCUGGCCAAGACCCCCAAGCAGCCGGCGGGUGUUUUGAAGAUGUUUGAGAUUCCGGCUGGGGCGAGACACCUUCAGAUAGAAGAGAUGGAGCCAGCAUCCCACAGCAUCGCUGUCAAGAAUCAAGCCACGGGUAACUUCAUCCUUAACGCCAAGGGCAAAGAAGCCAAAAGCCAAAUGUUCAUUGAGAUGGGCUUGGAGUGGGAAUACACCGUCGAACGUGGCAAGGAGAGCCUGAAAACCAGUGGUCCUCUGCACGAGGCCAUCAGCGUUUUGGUCAUCCCUCAGGAGGAGGAGACGAGGAGCAGCCUGAUGUACCGGUACAUCAUCCACGAAGACCUGCUGCCCAUGAUCGGAAACAACAAUGUCCUGCUUGAGGAGAUGGAUUCCUACGAGUGGGCCCUCAAGAGCUGGUCUCAGUGCUCCAAGGCGUGCGGAGGAGGUAGCUUGCCCUUCGUAGCGACCUACAGCGCGUGCUUGGGAGGUUGCUCGGGCAUCCAGUACACCAAAUAUGGCUGCCGGCGGAAAAGCGACAACCGGAUGGUGCAUAGAAACUUCUGCGACAACAGCAAGAAGCCGAAGCCGAUCCGGCGGCGUUGUAACCUCCAGGAGUGCUCCCAGCCAGCCUGGGUGGCCGAGGAGUGGGGCGCCUGCAGCAAGUCCUGCGGCAAGCUGGGGGUGCAGGCGCGGGCGGUGCAGUGCGUGCAGCGGCUGCAGGACGGCACCAACCGCACCCUGCACGCCAAGUACUGCCCCGGGCAGCGGCCCGAGACGCGACGGCCAUGCAGCCGCCUGCCGUGCCCCGCACAGUGGAGGACGGGCGCCUGGUCGGAGUGCUCGGCGAGCUGCGGGGAAGGCGUCCAGCAGCGGCAGGUGGUUUGCAAAGGCGGCGAGAGCGGCGGGCGCUGCGAGGGUGACAAACCGGAGGCCGUCCAGGGCUGCCACGUGGCCCUCUGCCCGGGGAACCUCUCCGGCAUCACCGCCAGCACCGACGCCGGUGACCACGGCACGCCCAAAGGGCAGCAAGCGCCCCAGGAUGGCUCCAAAAACCCGGUUAGCAAGAUCUCCCCCAGGGAGCCUUGCCUCGGGGACAAGUCCAUCUUUUGCCAGAUGGAGGUCCUGGCCCGUUACUGCUCCAUCCCCGGCUACAACAAGCUCUGCUGCGAAUCCUGCGGCAAGAAAGCCUCCUCCGCCACUGGCUCGCCCCCCGUCACCGACCCCGGCGCUCCCGCGGGAACCGCCACUCCCAACCCCGCUACCCCUGCUGCCUGGGGGGGACCCGGUGGGGAGCCCACCCCGGUGCCUCGGGCUGCGACAGCCGCCGGAGGAGGGAUGAUGCCCGGAGGAGGGAUGAUGCCCGGAGGAGGGAUGCCCGGCAGCGGUGCUUUCCCCGGGGGGCUGCCAGCCCCCAGCGAGCCAAGCAAGGGACAGGCAGGCAGGUAACCCCCUCCGGACCACAUUGCCGCGGGGCUGGGGAAGCCUUUCGCCUCCCUCCCUCUCCUCCUCGCCCUCUUUUCCUCUUCCUCCCCCCUUACUUCCAGCGAUGGUUUUCACGGGUGAUGCUGCCUGGUUUGGAAAUGACCCCUCUCACCCAGAAAUUCCCAGGAAAACCACUUUUUUCUCAUGAUCCCCCCCACCCUCCCAAUGUGGUAUGGGUUUUUUUUGUUUUUUUUUUUUCGGCAGCGCCACGGAAAAAAGGGUGAAAAGUAGCAAAAAGAGCAACAGCGGCUUGGCUGCGGGUAGACGGGCCGCUUCCUUCCAAGGUGCUAAAAGGAUUUGGAGCCGGGGGGGGAGGCUUUAAUGUUGCUUUUUCCUUCCCCCUGCCCCAAGCAGCAGCAGCAGCACAAGAUGUGCUGGAGAAGAGAAUCCCGGCUCGGCGGUUCAGCCCCCGGCGCUCGGAGGUAGCGAUGGGAGGAUGCUGGGAAGCUGGGGGCC